AUGUCGUACAACGGCAUUGGAUUACACACCCCACGUGGAUCAGGAACCUCGGGAUAUGUACAGAAGAGUUUAAGCGGACUGAAAAGGGAAGGGUUGCGCCAAAAGCGGGAACGAGAAGCGCAGGAGGACCGCAUAAGGGAAUCUAAAGCGAAGAAGAAGAUGAUUAGACAUAGUGCUGGUGGCGAGAUUGUCGAUCAUGAUAUGAAAAGAUUGAUAGAAGUGAAAUGUAUGGAGCUUCGAGAUAAAUUGGAGGAUGAUGACGUUGAUGAUGAAGAGGUGGAAAAGCAAGUUGCUGAGUUGAGAAGAGAAUUGACCGAGGGACUGCGACCUGGGAAGAUAAUUGAGAGGAACGAAGAAGAUGGUGUUGAAGAGAAUAAGGAGACGAGCCCGGUUGUUGAAGAGAAGAAGAGCAAAGUAACUAACAUUAGCAAAGAUAAGCCAAAGACUUUGAAAUCUGAGAAAACUGAGAAAACUGAGAAAACUGAGAAGACUGAAAAGAUUGAGUCCAACGUCCAGGCCUACGUACCUCGAUACGCAAAUCGAUAG